CGACAGCUAGCAUAAAUACGAGACUUUUUUUUAUCAAUUUAUUUUUCAUCCAAAACAUCUUAAAAAUUUAAUUUUAUUUUUAUUAUUUUUUGUUAAAAUUAAUUUAAAAUGUCUACAGAUAUUAUAGAGAAAAUUAAAGAAUGGAUACACUCAAUUACUGUGGAACCAACAAUGUUUCUAUAUAUGUUUGCUUUUAUGUUUACGACGGUAGUUGAACAAGCAUUUUUUGUUAGAAAAGCAUGUUUAGUUAAUCACAACUAUACAGUUGAAAUAUGCGACAAUAUAAAAGAUUAUGAAAAUAUUACAAAAGAAGUUCAAGUUACAACCUCCAAUUUUCAUCAAUUAGAUAGUAUCGCUGGUCAUAUUUUUCCAAUUAUAUUAGCAUUAUUUUUGGGUGCUUGGUCUGAUAAAAGAGGACGAAAACUUCCAUUAUUAUUCGGUUUAUUUGGAAAAUUAAUUUAUUCUUUAAUGAUUAUUGUGAAUGAUAAUCAACCUACAUGGCCACUAGAAUAUGUUAUAUUUACUGCUACAAUGCCUUGUGCCUUUACUGGUGCUGAUUUAGCUAUUUUUGCAUCAUGUUUUGCAUAUCUUACUGAUGUUUCAACAUCCGAAAAUCGAACUAUUCGUGUUACAAUUUUAGAAGUUGUUUAUUUAGUAACUGUACCAACAGGAGUUGCAUUGGGUUCAUAUAUGUUCAAUAAUGUUUUAAAUAAAUCUUAUACAUGGAUGUUUUCCAUUAAUGCCAGUUUAUUAAUUGUGUCAAUUAUUUAUACAUUUGUGGCAUUAAAAUGGCAAACGAAUCCGCGACAAAGACCCUAUAGUGAAUUAAAUGCAUGUGGUUUUCUACCAGAUUUUUUCGAUAAACAACAUGUUUUUGAUUCUAUAAAAGUUUUAACGAAACAUAGAACACAAAAUCGACGAUCAUUUUUAAUAAUAAUAAUGAUAACAAUGGGUUUAUAUACAUUUGUAAGAGAUGAAAAAGCAUACCUUUUCCUUUACACACAAUUUAAAUUUAAAUGGGGCGUCCAACAAUUCAGUAAUUUUAAAACAUUUCAAUCUUCAGCUUAUGUAGUCGUUCUUCUGAUAGCUGUUCCAAUAAUGAAUAAAGUUCUAAAAUGGAGAGAUACUGUUAUAAUUUUAUUUGGUUGUACUUUUUAUGCAAUGGCUCGUCUCAUUUAUUUUUUUGCAAAUGUUCCAUACGUUUUCUAUUUGGGUGGUAUAGUAUGUGCUUUUGGUCCAAUAGCUGGACCAGGAAUAAGAGCAUUUACAUCAAAAUUGGUACCAAUUAGAGAGAGAGGAAAAGUUUUUGCUUUACUUUCUGUUUGCGAUAAUGCCAUUCCAUUUAUAAGUGGUGUACUUUAUACACAAGUUUAUAAUGCAACCGUUGGAAGGAUGGGCGGCAUUUUUCUUUUAAGCUUUAGUUGUUUAGUUUUAGCAAUAUGUUUAAUGACAAUUGUUCAAUGUAGACUUGGAAAUAAGAAUAUUGUGGUCACAGAAGAGGAUCCUCCAACUGAUGAUAAAGAUUCUGUUAGCAAUAUUAUCGUAGAGAAUGAAACUGAAAAAGAUAUUCAAAAUAGAAAGAUUUAAUAUUUGCAAAUUUAUGCAAAAAUAUUGUAAUAAUAUUAAAAUUUAAAAGACAUGAAAUACAAGGAAACUAAUUAACAAAAUAUUAUUUUGGCAUCAAAAAGACAUUGUUAAAAUUUAGAAAUACUGUAAUUAGUUAUUGUUAAAAUUUAGAAAAAAGAAAAAUUUGUUUUAAAAUUAUUCCGACAUUUCCAUAAAAUUGUUACUCAAGGCACAUGUA